AUUGCACGGCCGUUUUAACGGAGAAGAGAGAGAGAAAGAAUGCGUGCGAUGGAAAAGGAGGGAGCUAUAGCGAGUAUCGUGGAAGAGAAAGAGAGAAGGAGGGGGUCGAUAGUGAAACGAAGCGAGAACGAACGCGGUAGCGUGGAGAGGCAGAGAAGUCUCUCUCUCUCUCUCUCUCUCCGUCAAAAUGUCGUUGAAAACGCCAACGCGGAUACAGUGAUCGUCGACGCUCGCCUAACUCGGGGCACGUCGUCUCCCUUCGAGCCCUCGCUCUCUCCUCUCUUCGCCCUUUCCCUCCCUCCGACCUCGCUCUCGACGACCAGAUUAUACCAGUUGUAGCGGGGAAAGAGAGAAGAUCGCGGGUGCAUCGAUUUCCUCGCGCGCAUAUCGGAUUUUUGUGAUUAGAACUGUACAUUGAAAAACAAGAAAAUGGUGUCGACUCGUCAAUCAAGCAACAUGGGAAACAGCAGUAGCAGUGCAUCAGUUAGUGAGGUCGGAGAAGUGAAUUCAUUGAAAAAGCACCAUUCAGUAACAACUGCUCCGUCUAACAGUGGAUCCACUGCUCUAACAGUGGUAUCAUGCAAUUUGAAUCUUUUGGAUUUACCUGUUGAAGUUCUUGAAAAGAUUUUCAGCUACUUGGGGUUCAAUAUGGUAGCUCAUAUGCGUCUAGUUUGCCAUCAAUUGGACCGUAUUUGUGGAUCAAUCCUCAACUCUACAUUUCAAAAGCUGCAAGCUCAGAUGUUGAGCCGUUUUCAGGCUAUCAAGGCGCAAAUGCCCAGACGCGAAUCCGCACGUCGAAAUCAUCCUUUAGCUUGCGAGUCUGAUAUCAUAGAAACUCUGCAUAUGCGGCUUACCUUACUGCAAAUGAGUUUUGGCAAACACAUUGAACGGAAGCAUUGUUGCUUUUUUCCUGGUGAAAUUCUGGACGAGGUUUAUCGUAUUCUUUAUUACAUAAAAGUUACUCCGAAAUUGCAAAGACCUUAUAAGGUUACAGAUGAAUUGUUUGAUUUGAGCACCAUGGCUAUGGAAUAUUUCAAGGAACACAUUGAACCAACAUUACCGGAAAUACCUUAUUUCGGUGCUGACUUCCUGGAUCUUGCAGGGACGUUCUCUUCUACUAGUAAUGUGAGUAAACCAUUUAUGUGCCUGGAUUCCACACCUUUAACCGUUGGAAACGGAAAAACGGGCAGUACCGGCGAAGAAGAAGGUUCUUCGUCGCAUUGCUCGGACGAUGCUGCUCUUUUGGAAUCCAGUGUGUCGCCACCACAAUCGAAUAUGGUUCUGCGGAAACGAAUUCGCAAGAUUAAACAAGGCAUGAGAAGAUACAAUAGCCAGCUGACACUGAUGCGCAGGGAUUUAAAGAGUUGCAAAGCGAAAAUUGCAGAACAACAAAAACAGAUUGUGGAAUAUGCUACUCGUCUGGACGAUAAUGACAAGAAGAAUGAGGAGACGUCGCGAAAAUUCAGCACGCUCCUACAGGAAUUGAACAAAUGCAAAACCGAGCUGCAGUAUUGGCGAUCCAAGUCUCCAGCAAUACCAGUGUGUGUAGGUUGCGGCCAGUCAAUGCCAGUUCCUACGGAGGAUUUACAAGCUUUAGCCAAUCAGGGAGUGCUGCCAGAUGCAUUUGGUGAAGGGCAUGAUUUCAUUCCCAUCGCGGAUGCCCACAGUCCCACCGAAGUGGUACAGCAAUCCGUAGUUACGCAAUCUCCUCCGUUGACGCUGACGGAGGAGAUGGCACCCCCAAAGGCUCCCGUGCCUUCGAUAUCCUUCAAACGGAGAUCCACCACAGAGGAAACAUUGAGCGAUCCCACGAAAAAAUCACGUCGCACUGCCAAGUCUCGUCAGGCUAAGCGCUCAAAGAUAUAAAAUCGAUAACACUGAUCAUGGUACAAAUAUCUGUUCAACUAAUCUCUAAUGGAUUUCCGGAGAGAUGGGGAACUUUCUAUGAUAGUUUACGCGCGUUUCUUUAUGCCAGCAAGCCGAUGAUCUUAGAAGAGUACAAAAUUUCCUCACCGAACGUCCUGCAUAUUGCGCAACGAACCUCGUUUAAAAAAAAAGAAAGAAAAUCGCAUUAAUAAUGAUUAUCAGAUUUUUUCUCAUGGACAGAGAUGUUGCCGCCGAUGCAUGGCGUGCAUUUUAUAAAUAUUCUAAAGAAGCCUAGCCGAUCAUUUGCUUUGCUCAUAAAGCAACGUCUUAACUAUACUUUUCCGAAUUUCUGUUAAAAUUCUUUGUAAUUAUUUUGCAAUUAUUACCGUUAUUGCUACGGUACACUCAAGGAUAAUAGAAAGUUAAAAUCGCGUUUUAUCUUUGCCAUGCAUUUAACAGCGGUAUCACGUGAUAGAAUACAAUAACUAUUAUCGUCGCGACGAAAAGACUCGCCUUCCAUUUUGCUCUUCGAUCAAAAAUGCGCAGUGACUUUCAUGUUUUUUGGUACACCUUUGAUAAAACUAUGAACAUUAAGGACAGGAGCAUAGUUCAACUCGUAAGAAAAGAGUUUAUUUCGUUGUUCGAUAAAUGUCACUGUUUGGUAUCGCAGAUCCGAGUAAUAUCGCCUCAUAAUUUGAUGAUUAAUUCAUAUGAUAUGAUUAUAGAUUGUUGUUUGUGUUGAGAAUAUAAAUUAUGAAGUUUGUGAUUGCAGUAUUUCAUAGAAAAUUAUAUAACUUUGCAAUUGUAUAAUAUAAUGCAGAUGCAUUUGUGAAUAAUAGAUAGCAACUAGUAACAAUA